AUGUCCACCGCCGCCUCCAAACACGAUCAACAACCCUUCCACCUCGACACCACCACCUCCCCCGCCGCCGCCGCCGCAGGCGGCGGAACCUUCACCAUCCUCCAACGAAACCCCGCCACGUCGUCGUCCUCCCCUCCCGCCACGGAGCGCCGCGGCCGCCGCAACAAGCAGGCCGAGCCGGGCCGCUUCCUGGGCGUCCGCCGCCGGCCCUGGGGCCGCUACGCCGCCGAGAUCCGCGACCCGACCACGAAAGAGCGGCACUGGCUCGGCACCUUCGACACGGCCCAGGAGGCCGCCCUGGCCUACGACCGGGCCGCCCUGUCCAUGAAGGGAACCCAGGCCCGCACCAACUUCGUCUACGCCCAGCCCAAUAAUAAUAACAACAACAACUUCCAUUCCCUCUUAUCUCCCUACGACCCCCACCAAAUUACAUUCAUGCCACCGCCGCCACAUCACCACCACCACCCGUUCCUCAUCAACUACCCCGCACCGAAGUACGAUAAUAGCCCGCCCGCACCGGAUCGCAGCCCGCCGCCAGCUGGAGACCAAGAUUUCACCUCCCUCUUCCCUCCCGCUGACGUGGACGAGUCCAAUUCCGGGUACCUGGGCUGCAUCGUACCGGAUAACUGCCUCCGCCCGCCUUCCUCGGGGUCGGGAUAUCAGGAGAUAUUUCAAGUUAUCGUCAAAACUCAAACCGGCGACCAUGAAUGUCAAAGUGGAUCGACAGGUUUAGAGUAA